AAUCCCACAACUCUUUCCAAUAAACUGAAAUAUCUUAACCUUUUCAUUUUUAUGUAUAAUAGUAAUUUUAACAACCGUUAUAUACUUUUCUUUUAACCUUAAAACCUCUAAAACUUCAAUUAAAAAAAACAUUUUUGAAAAAGAGUGAAAAUGAUAAUAAAUUUAUUCUCUAUUUUUGACCCAGCAACCUCAAAAACACUUACAUUAAACUGAACAAGACUUUUACUCCCACUACUAUUUAUUCCAAUAAUUUAUUGGGUUAUCCCAUCUCGUAUUCAUUUUUUAUGGAAUAAAACUUCAUUAUUACUAUUUCAUGAAUUAAAAAAUCUCUUCUCGAAAAAAAAUAUUAAAUUCAUUUAUAUUUUCAUUGUUCUUUUCUGAUUUAUCUUAACCUGCAACUUCAUAGGACUUUUCCCAUAUAUUUUCACCCCAACAAGCCAUAUUAAUCUAUCUUCAUUCCUAGCUCUCCCAAUAUGGUUAACAUUCAUGUUAUACGGGUGGAUCAACCAAACAAAUCAUAUAUUUGCCCAUCUGGUCCCUCUAGGAACUCCAAUUUUUCUAACAGUAUUCAUAGUAUGUAUUGAAACAAUUAGUAACUUAAUUCGACCAUUAACACUAUCAGUACGUCUAACCGCAAACAUAAUUUCGGGGCAUCUUCUCCUUUGUUUACUAAGAAACAUUAUAGAAAAUAUACCACUUAUUAAUUUAAUAAUUUUACCAGUUAUAAUUAUCCUUCUUCUUUUAGAAAUAGCUGUUGCUGUAAUUCAAAGAUAUGUAUUCAUUACAUUAACCUCACUCUACUUAAAUGAAUUAAACUAAUGACAUUCCAACCCUUCCAUUUAGUAGAUAAAAGACCAUGACCUUUAACAGGUUCAAUUGCAGCAUUAUCAUUUAUAGUUGGUAUGAUUAAUAUAAUACAUUUUAAAAAUUUUUUGCUUAUUCAAUUAGCAACUUUAAUUACUAUUCUAACUAUAAUUCAAUGAUGACGAGAUAUUUGUCGAGAAGCAUCAUUUCAAGGAAAUCAUAACUCAAUUGUGUUACUUAAUAUAAAAUGAGGAAUAAUACUAUUCAUUAUUUCUGAAGUUUUUUUCUUUGUUUCAUUUUUCUGGUCAUUCUUCCAUAGAAGUCUUUCUCCAAAUAUUGAAAUUGGUUCAAUGUGGCCUCCACAAGGAAUUAUUCCCUUUAACCCAUUUAGAAUCCCAUUGUUAAAUACAACAAUCUUACUCUCCUCAGGAAUUUCUGUUACUUGAGCACAUCACAGACUUCUAAUAAAAAAUUAUAACGAAAGUCAAAACGCACUAUUAAUAACUAUUAUUUUAGGAAUCUUAUUCACAUCUCUUCAAUCAUGAGAAUACAUCCAAGCUCCAUUUUCAAUUUCAGAUUCUGUUUAUGGAUCUACAUUUUUUAUAGCAACUGGUUUUCAUGGAAUCCAUGUAUUAAUUGGGACCACCUUUUUAUCAAUUUCAUCUUUACGAAUUUAUCUAAGCCACUUUUCUGAUAAACAUCACUUUGGAUUUGAAGCUGCUGCUUGAUACUGACAUUUUGUAGACGUUGUUUGGUUAUUCCUUUAUACAUUUGUAUAUUGAUGAACAUUCUA